UCUUGUUGGACGCCUUGGCUGCUCGGAGGACCGUCUUUGCCGACAUGUCCUUGUUUGUGCGUUUUAAUCAGCGAUUGGAAAAUAACAGGUAGCCUCGUCUGUCCGCCUCUCGCACCCAGAUACACCCCGGAGAGAAAGAGGAGGAAUCAAACACACAAUAAACCCUGGCAGCACCGCUGGUUGGCGUGUUUUUAUAGACAGAAGAAGCAGUCAGCAGCAGCAGCAGCAGCCGGGUUGAAUCCACAACGUGUUUGUUAGUGUUAGUGUCAGUGAGAGUCACCGCAGUAGUCUGUCUGCUGCUGUGUGUGUGUUUCUAUAUGAAGCAGGCUGCUGCCGUCAGCUCGACUCGCCGCCUCUGGACAGCUGCUCUCCGCGGUGCUCGCCUGGAUUUAAACCCCCUCUGAAGACGACAUUGUGGAUAUGGAAUGGUGCAUGCUGCUGGGCCAAGUUUUCAGCCUCUGAAAAACACCGGAAUCAUGGACAGUCAUCCGCUGUGCACCAGACUCUGUCCACACGCUCUGGACAAAGAGGAUGGCGUCGAAAAGCAAGGUCCCGUCACCCUCAACCCUCGGCACAUGAGGAAGGCGUUCAAAGUCAUGAACGAGCUUCGCAGCCAGAGCUUGUUGUGCGAUGUGACCAUAGUGGCGGAGGACGUAGAGAUCGCCGCUCACAGGGUGGUUCUGGCUGCUGGGAGCCCCUACUUCCACGCUAUGUUCACAGGUGAGAUGGCAGAGAGCCGGGCGAAGCGAGUGAGGAUAAAGGAGAUGGACGGCUGGACUCUGGGCCUGCUGGUCGACUACAUCUACACAGCAGAGAUACAGGUCACAGAGGACAACGUGCAGGCGUUGCUUCCUGCAGCCGGCCUGCUCCAACUGAACGAGGUGAAAAAGGCCUGUUGUGAGUUCCUGAGCUCUCAGCUUCAUCCAUCCAACUGUCUGGGGAUACGAGCCUUCGCUGACCUGCACGCCUGCUCUCAGCUCCUCACACAGGCCAACAUCUAUGCAGAGCAACAUUUCAGUGAGGUGGUUGGGAGUGAAGAGUUCCUCAAUUUGGGCAUGGAUCAAGUGUCCAGCCUGAUCGCCAGCGACAAGCUCACCAUCCCCACAGAGGAGAAGGUGUUUGAGGCGGUGAUAGCUUGGGUCAACCACGAUAAGGAUGUCCGGCAGGAACACUUGGCUCACCUGAUGGAACAUGUUCGCCUACCGCUGCUCUCCAGAGAAUACCUGGUGCAGCGAGUGGAGGAGGAGUCUCUCAUUAAGAAUAGCAGUGCGUGUAAAGAUUACCUGAUCGAGGCCAUGAAGUACCACCUGCUGCCAGCAGACCAGAGAGCUCUGAUGAAAACGGCACGCACACGCAUGAGGACUCCGGCCUGCUGUCCUAAGGUGAUGGUUGUGGUUGGAGGCCAGGCCCCCAAGGCCAUCCGCAGUGUUGAAUGUUAUGACUUUGAGGAGAACCGAUGGUACCAGGUGGCUGAGCUCCCAACCAGGAGAUGCAGAGCAGGUGUGGUGUACGUGGGUGGGUGUGUGUAUGCAGUUGGUGGUUUCAACGGUUCUUUGCGCGUCCGGACGGUCGAUUGUUACGACCCGAUGAUGGACCGCUGGACGAGCGUGAGCAGCAUGCAAGACCGCCGAUCAACGCUCGGCGCCGCUGUGCUCAACGGACUCCUGUACGCUGUGGGCGGCUUCGACGGCAGCACAGGUUUGUCGACAAUCGAGGCGUACAACGCGAAAACAGACGAGUGGUUCCACGUGUUACCCAUGAGUACCCGACGGAGCAGUGUAGGAGUGGGUGUUGUCAAUGCGAUCCUUUAUGCAGUUGGAGGUUAUGACGGUGCAACCAGGCAAUGUUUGAGUACAGUAGAAGCUUACAACCCUAAAAGCAACACAUGGAGCUACAUUGCAGAGAUGGGCACGAGACGCAGUGGAGCAGGUGUAGGUGUGUUAAAAGGUUUACUGUACGCUGUCGGGGGUCAUGAUGGUCCACUGGUGAGGAAGAGCUGUGAAGUUUAUGAUCCAGCCUCCAACAGCUGGCGGCAGGUAGCUGACAUGAACAUGUGUCGACGCAACGCAGGUGUUUGUGCUGUGAACAACGUACUGUAUGUGGUGGGAGGAGACGACGGCAGCUGCAAUUUGGCCUCUGUGGAGUUCUACAAUCCAAACUCGGACAAGUGGUCACUACUGCCGACCUGCAUGAGCACAGGACGCAGUUAUGCAGGUGUGACUGUGAUCGACAAGCCCUUAUGACUGCUCUUGACGCCUGCCACUGAUUUGAAUCACAAUGUAUUCUCCUGCUGAAUACUGAUCUUGGAUCUGUCUAUGAUGCCAAUGCUUCGAUGUUGGGCAGCAUUGGCUCAGGCACUGACGAGGAUGAAGAAAAUGACAAGAUUGUUGUUGUUGAGGAUGAUGAUGAAGAUUUUUUGCACUUACCUGAAAGGGGGAGCUGUAACAAACGGGACGGGGAGGGAAUCGAACCCGUGUUUUAAUCCCCUCCUGGCAGGACUGCCGCCAGCGACUGGACAAAACCAGUCUGAAGCACCACUGCAGUGUCAUUGAAACGCUACUGAUAUGAAGCUACUAAAACUUUAACAUUAGUUAUGUUAACAUGGAGCAGCUCUGAGAGAGACCACUGAUCUAACCUACGGGAGAGGAAGGACCAUCUGGGACUGAAAUCUUUGUUUCUCCUUCGUUUUUAUCCUGAAAAUGUGUGUGUGUGAGUGUUUGUGUGUGUGCGUGCGCUUGCAUUUAAAGGUGCUCCUUUGCUUGCACACGUGAGCAUGUGUGUUUGUGUGCAUCUGUGUGGUGACGCCUGAUCCGACGCCGCAUGAACGCACUCUGUCUGACCUCUGACCUUUUACAGUGUUGCAGUGUGGCUGUUCAAGAGUGCCUGAAUGUCAAAUUACACCCCGCUCUCCCCUUUUCUUCUUCUACGUCCAUUGUUAUGCAUCGAGUACUGUUACCGGACGGCUGGACUCGGCGGCUGUUCUGGGAUACAUUUGAGAGCUGACUCCGGAUCGGUGAUGAUGUGUCGGUUGCGUCAGCCCGCAUGAAUUCAGAACAGCGACGUGAGAAGCAGAAAAAUGUACAUUUCUUCUUAAAAAACUUUAACUGGAACACUUCUCUUCUGGUAACGGAGACGAGUCAUGUUGCCAAAAACCAGUGACGGACGGAGGGAGACGCUGUUUGAAAUGAAAAACAGUUGGAUGUAUCAGUGCUUUACUGUCACCCGGCAGCCAUCCUUGUUGUGGUUGUAACCACUAAUGACAACAACAGCCUGAACUCACUGCAUGGUCCCCAAACCUCCUAUCCGCCAACAGUUCCCUCUCCCUCCUUUGGUGUAGCAACCCUAUUAACUACUGCAACACCCUGACGUACUAUGAAUGUGCCAAUUUUAAUAUGUCUCUUCAUUUCUGUCUCUCUUUACUACUUUACUAAUCUGUUCUCUCUCUCUCUCUGGAAAGUGACCAAACCUACUCUUGAUUUUCUGUUUCUCUUCCCUCUCCUCGCUAAAAUUGCUAUAAUACAGUCGUAACUGGUAUCGCUGUUUUCUCGUCAGUGUAUUGAGGAAUGUCAUGUAGGCUAAUGACUUUGACAAUGUUUCAUUACUUGUUUUAUAUUCUCAUUAAUAAAUAUGCUUCUUGUAUUUAAAGCUGUGAAAUGACAUAAUCUGUUUUUAAAAACUUUGCCAAAAUCAGUAAAAAUGUUGAAAUGGAA